UUGACAUUCUGUUGAUCAUCACUGAGCUAAACAACGAAAAUGUAUAAAAUAAUAAUACUAGCUUUAUUGGUGACUCUCGUCAUUGCUCUGCCACCCCAAGGUAGUAAUGGCCAACAAGGAAGUAACCAAGGACAAGGACGAAUGGGUCCACCACCUGGAAAUCAACAAGGAGGUAGUCAAGGUAUGGGUCCACCUGGAGGAUUUUUCAAUUCAACUUCAACUACUAACUCUACAAGACCUCCACCUCCUCAACAAGGUUAAUCAAAUUGUUGAAAAUGA